AUGGGCCAGCGCUACACUUGCGCCGCAUGUAACUUCGACCUCCACAAGCACUGCGGCGUCGAUCCUCAUACUCCUAUGUUCCACCCGCUGAUGCCCAAGUGCAAAAACUUGAAGUUCUGCUUGAGGCCGCCGAAGAAAGCCACGCAAUAUUGCGAUGCAUGCACCAAACCUGUAACCGGGUUUUUGUACCGUUGUGAGGGGUGCGAUUUCGACCUCCAUCCCUGCUGCGCAAACCUUCCUAUGGAGCUCGAGCAUGAGGGUCUCAAGCUGAAGCUGAUCGAGAAAGACGGCAGGUGGAUUUAUAGGUCGAGAUGCAAGAAAUAUAAGUUGGAAGUAGCAUAUGCGAGGGAAAUAAUCGAGGAGAGCUCGACUGAACUUAUGGGGUCAGAGAUGACAAGCGUUCCGAAGAUCAAGAAUAUGGUUCAGACCGGUCACAGCAGAGGUAAGGUGAGGAGGUAUUGUGAGAUGGUUGGGUUGGCUCUGAAGAUUGUGAUAUCAGCAUUGCUGGGUGAUCCGACGAGUUUGAUAAUUGCGGUUAUUGCUUCUUUCAUGCGACCAUCCUGA